UAAUUCGUACACAGCUUAACGGUCACACUGACCUGCAUAACAAUAUUUUAUUCACAAAAAUUAGAAUUGUUAGUAAUAAAUGUUGCGCCGAUGCCUUUUUUCUGGGAUCAACCCAAAAUUAUGGACUCGCCAAAUGUCGGUGGUGGCUAAGUCCUUGAAAUACACACAACACGGAGAACCACAAGAUGUAUUGCAACUGGUGGAGGACAAACUGCCGGAUCCGAAGGACACACAAGUGCUGGUGAAGAUCCUGGCGGCUCCUAUUAAUCCGGCAGACAUUAACACCAUCCAGGGCAAAUACCCGGUCAAGCCCAAGUUUCCAGCUGUUGGUGGCAAUGAAUGUGUUGCGGAGGUCAUUUGCGUGGGCGAUAAUGUCAAGUGCUUGGAGGCCGGACAGCAUGUCAUUCCCCUUGCCACAGGCUUGGGCACUUGGACCACCUAUGCCGUCUACAAGGAGGAUCAACUGAUGGCCGUGUCAAACAAAGUGGGGCUGGCAGAAGCAGCAACAUCUACGGUUAAUCCCCCGACUGCAUACCGCAUGCUCAAGGACUUUGUGCAGCUUUCCCCAGGAGACACGGUUAUCCAGAAUGGAGCCAAUAGUGCCGUUGGGCAAGCAGUGCAUCAGUUGUGUCGUGCCUGGGGCAUCAACAGCGUCGGCAUCGUCCGCGAUCGACCUGAGAUUGCCGAGCUAAAGCAAAUGCUGCAGUGCCUGGGAGCCACCGAGGUUCUUACCGAAGCCGAGAUCCGCACCAGUGACAUCUUUAAGUCGGGGAAAUUGAAGAAACCCCGCCUGGCCUUUAAUUGUGUAGGCGGCAAGAGCGCCACGGAGGUGUCUAGGCAUUUAGAUAAUGCCGGAGUGGUGGUCACCUAUGGCGGCAUGUCCCGAGAGCCUGUCACCGUGGCCACUGGACCCCUUAUUUUCAAGGACAUCGCAUUUCGGGGUUUCUGGAUGACCCGUUGGUCAAAGGAAAACUAUAGUUCCCCCGAACGUUCGAAAAUGUUCCAAGAAAUAUUUCAGCUGAUGGAGCAAGGAAAGUUCGUGGCCCCCAACCAUGAAAUGGUUCCCUUGACUAACUUCAAAGAUGCAGCGGCAGCUGCCUUGAACUUCAAGGGUUUUACGGGAAAGAAGUUUAUCUUGGACAUGAGCAUUUAGAUGCAUAAUUGGAGGCUGAGCCUGCCUUUUUAUUUACAUACAUGUUUUGUGAAUUAAAAUUGUUAUCAACUGUGAUACAACUCAAA